CUUUGCACUUUGGCACACACAGACACCGCCUCCUCAUCAGCACACCCACAAUAGAAACUGCACUCUGCUCCAGUGAGUUUGCCCUCCCAGUCCUACACCUGUGGAGAGCCAUCUCUAGACCAAAGGUUUAUACUGUGGUUUCUAACACUUCCAUUCUGGUCCAUUGGUUUAUCCACACAGAGGCAAUGAUGGCUCUUCACUACAUAGAGAUCUUCCUGGGCAUCCUGGGCUUUGGUCUCUCCAUCAUGUUCUGCACCACCUUCUGCAGGGCGUGCAGUCGCUUAAGGGAGGAGCAAAUAGAGAGGGAGGUGUGGAGACGCAGCGAGCAGGAUGGGCGCCCGCCAUCUAUAUAUUUCAUCCCCUUCCCUCGAAGCACAUCACAGGACAGUGAAGACUUCAGGGUGCCACGACACAGUCAGGAGCUCCACGCACCUCCAAGAUACAGCACCACUGCCUACUCUGGACCCCCACCUCCCUAUAAUGAGCUGGGAUGUAAACCUGAUGAUCUUCCCCCUGCUUACACAGAAUGUAAUGUUCCUGUGUAUCCAAUAACACCCCAGCAUCACACAGACAUGGUACAAUCGGAGACUGUGUCGCAACCAUAAGCCAGGACCUUCACACUUUGUCUGUGUUGAGGUUAUGGACACUUUUGAUUACUGCACUGAAUCAUGGACUUGAGUGUGCUGGUAGCUGGAGUUUACAAUAUUUUAAAGAAAGGGUUUAUUUUAUUGUGGUAAUGAAUGGCACAGAAAUGAUGAAAGCUGGCACUAGGUUUAAAGCUUCAAUGCCACAAGUUUACGACACAUUGUCCACCCAAAAUAGAUACUGUGUGUAUCAUUUUCCUAAGUUGUGUUAUUACCUCUGUGAUAGAGGUUGUGUUUUUAGUCCAGUUUAUUUGCAUUCUGUCUGUUUUUUUAACAGGACAUUUCAAAAGCCAGGCAUUAGUGAAAUUUCAAGUAAAUUCAGGUGCAGAUUCAAAUCCAGUGGUGCCACCUUUUGGCUAUUUAUGAAGCACUUUGUUAUGGCUCAUGUAUCCUGAACCCCCCAGAUCCCUUUUUACCUCUGCCAAGGAGGAUAUGUUUUCACCCAUGCCUGUUUGUCAGUUUGUUUGAUUAGGAUUACACAAAAAGCACUAAACCAAUUUUCACUAGACUUGAUGGAGGGAUGGGGCAUGAGGCAGAGAGGAACCUAUUAAAUUUUGGUGCAGAUCUGGUUUAAGGGGCAGAUCCAGGAAUUCUUAAUUUUUGCUGACAGGUGGCAAAACAACCUGAUAAACUGAAAUGCCCACAGCUCAAUAUUCACUUAAUGGUGAUUCACAUGAUUUUGGGGCACAAUUCAUCCUUGUAUAAAACCCCAAUAUUCACAGAAUUUAUAUAUUUCCCACAUAUCAUGGCAAAUAUUAUCUACUCACCAUCACUGUCAGAUGCUGAUCCAGAUGCUGAUUACAACACAUUUUAUUUAGUCAAAUCAUAAGCUGAGAAGACUGUUCAGCCUUGGGAAUGUGCUAGGUAUGUGCUCUCUCAGUGUUUUGUAGUUAGAAUAGACAGAGACACAAAAGGUUGGAUUAUACAUUUCUUUCUACUCUCCUUCUCUUCUAUAUUAUUUUUCUUUUUGGUAAGACUGGGCCAACCCACUCUUAAAUACUGGAGUCACAUAGUAUUUAUUUGAAAGCUGAAAGGAGUAUUUUAAAGUCAGAGGCAUGCUGUUCAGUCUUUCCAAAAGGAUGUGACUGCAUGAAGUACUGAUACAAAAGUACUGAUUAAACAGCCUUCUCUGAACACAGAACAGCAGAGAACUUUCCUUUAACAGUGACUGUAAAGUAAAUAUGCAAAUGAUCAAAUAGAACAAACAAACAAACAAAAAAAAAAUGAUAUGAAUGAAUGGCUGGUCACAUUUUUUGUGUCACUCCAAUGAUAUAACUGUAAUAUCACCCAAAGAAAUAAUAGGCUAAAUAUAUACAUAUAUCUUUGUAUCUAUAUAUUUAAUUUGACAUCACAUUUCUGUGUAAAUAUAUAGUGUUCAUAAUGAUGAUAUUAUCAUAUGUGCAGAUCACAUACAUUUUUCACUAAACAAUACUGUAAAUACAGCACUAUACCUUAACUGUGAUAUGUAUCAGCAUUGAGGCACAAAACCCUUCCCUUGAGAGUUGAAUAAAAGUUGAUCUGUUUUGCAAA